AUGGUAGCAAAAAAUACAGCAGCAGGGCACUGGUUCUGUGGCCUCUCGGUACCUGCCCGCACCGUCAGUCCACCCAAUAGGUUUAGGCAAAUUACAGAAAAUAAAAACUACAGCUGGGAAGGGUUAAGAAUGAGAGAGGUUCCUAUGACUAUUGUCACAACAGAAGUUCUCAAUUACAGCUUCAAUGUGCUCCUUUCCCUCCAGAAUUACUUCUCUGACCUGAAUUCUCUUUUCUACUUGGACUUAACAAAGUGUCAGAUCCGCUGGGUGUAUGACAGUGCCUUUCCCAGCAACAGGCAGCUGAAGACAGUCAUUCUGACCAGAAACCUGCUCAUGUUUCUGUCUGACACAACAUUUGCUGGCCCACGUUCCCUGGAGAAUCUUAACACAGACAGGAAUAACAUGUUCUUUAUUACAGUGACAAAUCUUGGCAGCUUAGGUAUCUUCAUCUUGGGCAGCAACCACAUCUCUUCACUGCAGCUUCCUCCCAACUUUCCCACAUGAAACCUCAAACUCGACUUUUAAAUGGACAACAUACAAGCAAUCACAGCAGAUGUCCAAGCUCUGCAGAAGUCCAGCAAUGCAACUCUCAUCCUUAAAGGCAAUGGCAUUACAUACAUUCAAUCUGGAUCUUUUCAAUCACAUUUCUACAGUUUGGACUUAGUGGGCUGUGCUGGCAUCCCUGGGGUCCUGGUGGGGAUGCAGAACCCCACAGCCCAGACCUUUUGGCUGGGAACAUUUUAUGUUGUGGAAAAGGAGCUCUACAUAAGCCCAGAUAUUUUACAAGGCCUCUGUAGUAUCUCUGUCAAGGCUCUGCAGUUAUAGCACUUCAGAAAUCUAAAUGCUGACAUAUUUCAGAGCUUAACCAGGCUCCGAAAGUUGGACCUAACCCAAACCCACAUUCAUGCACUGCCCCCUGGCAUCAGUGACAUGAGCUUGCUAGAGGAGACGGUUCUCAAUGCAAACUGCUUUGAGCACCUACGCGACACCAGCUAUGCUGCCUUCCCCUCCCUCACCCACCUCCUCAUCAAGGGUAACUCACAGGUUCUACAGCCAGGCUCUGUCUGUUUGGAGAAACUGGCAAAGCUUCAACAUCUAGAUUUUAAGUCAGAGUCACUUUUAAAGUUCUGAUACAAAGCGCUGAGAGCUUUGAGCAGACUUUGUUACCUGAAUCUGAGCCACAACACAUACCUCCAUCUUCAGGACAUACUCAUUUAGGACAGUGCUAGCCUAGAGCUGCUGGACUUACCCUUCAUUCCUCUCUAUAUCAACACCUUACAGAGCCCUUUCCAAAAUUUGCAUCUCUAGCAAGUGCUGAAUCUUUCCUCGUCCCACAUUAAUACUAGCAUUCAGCAUGUAUUUCAAGGCUUGAAAAACCUCAUGUUCUUGGACCUUAGUCAAAAUAACUUUGAUUUGGGGAUCAUGCCAAAGGACAAACUGUUCCAACAACUAUCCAAUUUAGAGGUGCUAAUAUUAUCAUCCUGUGAACUGACAUCAAUAGGUAACAAAGUAUUUCACAACCUCAGGAAGUUACAACAUGUUGAUCUGAGUUACAACAAAUUUAUUACAUUCAGCACAGAUGCAUUUUCAAAUCUCAAGAGUAUCUAUCUUAGUUGUGCCCAUAAGAGGAUCCACAUUGUAUCAGGUGACCAGCUAGUGCCCCUAAAUGGCCACUUUAUAAUCAAUUUAAGCUACAACCUUCUGGACUACACCUUUUCUAAGACUGAUUUAAUCACCUAGUACAAGCAACAUCUGGAUAAAAUUGAAGACCCUGAAGGAACAAGGCACUCUGAACCCAAAUUGCUAGUUCAGCUGACCACCAUCUCACUUUCCUGUGGGAAGGACAUGUCAGGAAUCAUUCAAGUUGUCCUGGCUGUUUUAUCUUGUAGUGCCAUCUUCAUUUGGGGUGCUCACUAUUUCAAGAAAAGUUUACAGCAACAGUAAGUCUAGGAUGGGGACAUAGAAAAUAUCUACAGCAACUGUAUUAAG